AUGACUACAAGCCAGGGCGAUGAGAAUACUGCCCUCUCCGAAUAUGCUUGCGACUCAUGCAGAUCAAGCAAGAUUACUUGCUCUCGUGAACGGAAUAGUUGCGAACGCUGCACGAAGAAAGGAAUUUCUUGUAUCUACUCGCGAGUAGGAAUCAUUCGUCGUGCUAGAAAACGCAAGCAUGAGACACAGCAAGCUAGCGGCGCAAUCACAACUCCUCGGCCCGCGCCUGGGUCUGAUGAUGGCUCGGCUUCCAAGAUCCUGCGAAGCGACGGUCGCCCACAAUCAUAUCUUGCCUCUGAUAUUGAAAUGACCGAAGAAUACUUAGGCAGUUCUAAAAGCCCGGAUCUGCGAGGUCCAUUCAACGCGCUGCUGAUGCUGAACGAAGCCAGUACAGCCACGACUGUUAACGAGCCAACUGUGCUGGACAGUGCGAGGUCUGGAAAGACAACACGACUUUCAUUCAAGAAGCACUCUAUAGAAUGGUCGAAAAUUUUUGAGAACGCGUUGCGAGAUAAAGAACCUUUGCUCAGUCCGGCACCUCCUGAAGUGGUACGCUCUCUGAAAGCGUCUCGCCCAGAUGAUAUUCAAGAAAAAGCCUGGUUAGUGAUGUACUACUGCAUUAUAUUGAAAGUCACCGACGCUGUACAUCUCAAAAGCCAGCUACGACAAGAGCUCUGGGCCUCACUCGGAAAUAUUAGCGUCCUGAUGAAACCGAGCGACGCGAACGUCCAGGCUAUUCUCAUGGCUAUUGGUCUCAUACCGGACUUGAUAGACCCCUCAUUAUGCUGGAUGCUCUCUACAAGUGCCUGCAGGAUGUUACAAGCCCUGGGUGUUACCCACGGAAGGAUCGACGCUCAGGCUCGGGAACAGCGGCGGCUGAGGUUCUGGCAGCUUAAUCUUGUUGACAAAGCGCUUGCUGUCAUAUUCGGUCGAUCUCCAAUUUUCCCUCAGAGGAUGGGAAUUGAGGUUGGUCUUCCGACAUUGGAGCAGAUCCGACCAUCUACGCAGCACCGGACGUCAGAUGGCAGUAAAGGGUAUUUUGCAUCGCACCUCAUGUAUCAGAAAUUUCUGCUCUCAAAGGUCAUGGGAGAUAUCUGGCAGUGCCUCUACGGUGGAAUAGAGAGUCAAGAUCUCGAAAUAGAGUCGGUCAUUGCUAAUCUCGAAUCUUGGUAUGAACAGGCACACAAGACUCUUGAAGCUGCAGCGAUAUCCGAAAAGCCAUUUUGCAAUGCACAAAAUGCCAAGUCGAUAGACAUCGGUCUUCGUAGCCAGGAUUUCCAUUACCUUUAUCUGCAGAUCCUUCUGUUUCGAAAAUCCCCACCCCGGCGCUUCCAGUGCAUCACUAGCUCUAAGGAAUUGCUCAGCCUACUUCUUCAUCUAUCCCCAGAGUCAGACGAGCCAUAUCACCCUUUUCUCUGGCAAUUUCUUUACUCUCCAUUCACUGCAUUUUUGUUCUUAUUUCGUGACAUCUUACUCAACCCCGGCCGUGAAUCUAGGGACAAUCAAGAAGCUCUGGCUGCUAUGGAGAAUCUUCCGGAGUUCCUGGAAAAGAUAGCCUCGCAGAAUCCCCUUGCCACAAGGCUGAGGGAAGUUUCAAGAGUGCUCAUUGGCCAUGCGGAGUCUGUGUUGACUCAAAGUGGACAAUCCCGGGCUGGAUCAGAUGGUCCAGUGACAGAAUCGACUUUCACAUCGAGUGAGACAGCGAAUUCGUUCGACAUGGAUCUAUUGUGCAACCAAACCGCAGAUGCGGCAAGAAAUCCUUUCUGUGACUUAAAAACAGAUGAUAUAUUCGAAUCACUCACUAAAGAUUUUGAGGGAAAUGGACUGUUUGACUGGAUGACUUGGCUGGGUGAGACGUGA